AGGGCUCCACACACUGCAUUCAUGCCUGAAGGAGACAGGUUCCCCUCACACUUUCCCAAUAAGAGUAGGAGUUUGUAGAAUUUACCCAGAGUGGUCCUUUAUCCAGAGUGUAUAUAGAGGCUUACAGGCAUAGCAAAAGUUACUGCUGGACAUUUGGGACAUGAGAGAUGACUUCCACAGUAGAUUCAGAUGAUGAUAGAGCCUUCAAAGACUUGAAUGUUGUUGGAAUGCUGCAUCAUUUCUGGGAGCAAAAACAGGUGAACGGUGGAACACUCAAGACUGAGAACCUAGUUGUUUAUGAAUCCAUUCCCUCACCAGGACCUCCAUUUAUCUGCUAUGUCACCUUACCAGGAGGGAGCUGCUUUGGCAACUACAAGUAUUGCUAUACAAAGGCAGAAGCCAGACGUGAUGCAGCUCGUGUUGCUCUGAUGAACUCAACAUUCAACGAUUUGCCCUGUCGUCGCAUCACUCCAGAAUUCAUUACUCACAGCAUAGAAGAGGCUGCCGCCACCACCAGUGGUAACAUGGAGGAUGCCUCGGAUCCAAGCACCAGUUUAGGAGCUUAUUGUCUCAUGCUAAAAUCCAACACAGGAAAAACCAUGCUGGAAUUUCAGGAAUUAAUGACAGUAUUUCAGCUGUUACACUGGAAUGGGACACUGAAGGCUUUUAGGGAGAGGAAGUGUAGUCGUCAGGAGGUGAUCAGCUACUACUCUGAGAAACGGCUGGAUGAGUGUAUGCGUAGCCACAUGGCUCUGGACUGGCUGCAGAGGGAGAGAAAGAGACCGGGUCUGCUCUCACAUGAACUGCAACUUGCUUUCAAAGAACUGGCCCAGGCUCGGCAGGCCGGCCGAGAGCUCCGCUUCUACAAGGAGAAAAAGGAAAUCCUUAGCCUGGCACUCACUCAGGCCUCCACUGAGGUACUGCAGGCCUACUGCGAGGAAGAAGAAGAGUGCUGGAGAAAAGGAGAAACUGCAUUGGCAUAUCUGACCCGCGGGGGGCGCUGCCCGGAGGGUAGCACGGUGGACUCCUUAGAACAUUACGAGUUUUAUUACCUGGAGAGUGGGAGUGACAGAGAGUCACUGGGUUGAAGUGUGUAUGUGUGUGUGUGUGUGUGUGUGUGCAUGUUUGUGUGUCGGGGCAGGUAACAUGAAAGACCUUAGACUCACAUUCAAGAAAGCAACCUGCAUGUUGUACAUUUUCAACUUUGUAGAGAUCGAUGUACUGUAAUAUGUGCAGCUAAAUGGGCUCCUGUGUAAAUCAGAUUUCUUUAGCAGUAAAUGCGUUAGGAGUACACUUCAGGUUUGAACUUCUAAAGAGUAGCACGAGCUCUCUUAUUGUUUGGCCUGAAAAUUUUAUAACUUGGUUUUUGUUGUGAAAAAAAAAAAAAUCAUUUUGUAUUGCCUUGGGAUUUAGAAGGGAGUGUAAAUAAAUGAUGAUACUUUUUGCUUUAGCCACAGGGUGUCGCCAUAUCCUGUAAAUACCAGAUACCAGCUUCUAAUAAUGUACACGAUAGUGGUUCUCAACCUUAUUCCUGCCCCUGUUUCCCUGCUCUACCACACCUACUUCGAUUAAGUAAAGGCUGUUGAUUAGUUGAUUAGUUAAAUUUCGGCAUGUGUGAUAUAAGAACACAUUACUAAUUGCAGGGCAGUGGUCACCCAGGACCUGAUGUUGUCCAGGACCCAACUCCAGAUUGGUACAGGCCAUUUUCUCAAUAAACUGAAU